UGUUGUUUUCUUUCUUAAUGUUGCAUUUGAUAUGACAUGGAGGAUGAAAUUGGGCGUACAAGUGGAAUUUUUUAUCUGUUUAAAGAAAUCUCCUGUGCCCUUCGAUUGUUAAAGUAGAGCAAUAAUUCACGUCUCUAAUGGUCAAUCAUCGAUCUCACUCUACUGGAGUAUCACUCCACUUUCUCUUUCCUUUUACGUUGGUACCGAGGUGAAGGAAUUUGAGGAAGAAGUUCGGCCUUCAAGCAGCGACUCAAAAUCUGGUCUUUCCAGGCCAUGAUUACACCAAUAGGAGUAGCAUUUGCAGUUGGUCUUCUUGGAUGGGUUUAUCAAGCACUGAAACCUUCACCUCCAAAGAUCUGUGGAUCGGCAAAUGGCCCUCCAGUGACUUCACCUAGAGUAAAGCUCAAUGAUGGGAGGCAUUUGGCCUACAGAGAAUUUGGAGUACCUAAGGAAGAGGCUCAAUACAAAAUUAUUAUGUGUCAUGGCUACAAUAGCUCCAAAGAUAUGUACUUACCUGCCUCUCAAGAACUUAUAGAAGAGCUUAAGCUAUACAUAGUAUUAUAUGACAGAGCUGGUUAUGGAGAGAGUGACCCAUAUCCAUCACGUUCAGUGAAGAGUGAAGCACUUGACAUUCAAGAAUUAGCAGACAAAUUGCACCUUGGCACAAAAUUUUAUGUAAUUGGAUGUUCCAUGGGGGCAUACGCUAUUUGGAGCUGUCUAAACUACAUUCCACACAGACUCCUAGGAGCUUCUCUAGUGGUUCCCUUUGUGAAUUACUGGUGGCCUUCCGUUCCUCCAGCUUUAUCACUGCAGACAUUUGGGAAGCUUCCUCAAUCUUACCAACGGACAUUUCAGAUUGCACAUCACACACCUUGGUUAUACUACUGGUGGAUGACACAAAAAUGGUUCCCAACAUUGGUGGGUGAUGGCAUGUUCUGUGAUUCAGAUUUGGAGUUGAUAAAUAGGUUAUCAGGCUGCCUAAAUCAUGGCCAGGAAAAAAUAACACAGCAAGGUGAACAUGAAUCGCUUAACCGAGACAUCCUUGCUGCUUAUAGAGGAAAAUGGGAGUUUGAUCCCGUCAUUAACUUGAGCAAUCCAUUUCCUGACAACAAGGGCUCUGUUCAUAUGUGGCAAGGUUGCGAAGACCGUGUUAUUCCUAUUGAAUUUAACCGUUUUAUAGCAGAGAAACUUCCAUGGAUUCAGUAUCAUGAGGUUCCUAACGCUGGACAUCUGAUAAUUCAUGAUGCUGAAGUCUUUGGAGCCAUAAUAAGGGCACUUCUGGCCAGAUAAGUUCAUCUACUAUCAUGUUCUGUUGUGUAGUGUAUAUAAGCUGUAUAAUGUCGAUGAUAAACUUCGAUACAGUUGCGGCGAGGAACCAGUCCUCGUGGAGAUGGCUGUAUGCUGAAUAACAAUUCAUUGUGGGCUGCUGAUUGUGUAUGAUCUUGACUCUCCUUAGAAAAGCUUUGUUAAGGUGAUAUAAGUAUGCAUGUUCAGCUAGAAAUGGCUUAUAUUUUCAAUAGAUUGAACUUAAAUUUUUGUCUUGAGAAUGGGUCUUCAGAGUUGCUUAGUUGAUAAUUCUAGUAUUAGUUUAUCAAUGGUUGUAGAGUGAUAUAAAUCUCUUUCUAUUAAUGAUAUUCAGAAGUCAUUACAAGA